AGCUUCACCUUUAACAAAAAAAAAAAAAAAAGCCUUAAAAAAAAAAAACUUCUUCACUCGCUUUCACUCCAUUCGUUUGCAUUAUUGAAGUUACCUAGUACCUUGUUGUUUGGUUGAAGCUAAUUUGGGAAUAUGGGAAUAUUCACUAAAUUGAAAUCACUGGAAAAUAACCACACCUUCAAUAAAAUUUUGGAAAAACCAGCUCCAACUCACCAUCGCUCUCAUAAUUCAUCUUCGUCUUUUACUGAAGGUAGUGAAUUCUCUCUGAGUACUUCAGACUCCUCCUAUUCCUCCGGUGAUACCAAUAAUAAAAUGAAUACGUAUCCUUACACCGAUAAUUCAUUUGUUGCUAAACAUAUUCCAACUCCUCUAAGACCAGCAAUUGAUUAUAAUUUCCCUCCUCAACAACCAAUAGCUCCAGCAAAUCAUCAUAGAAAAUCCUCUUCUGCGGAUUUAUCGAACUAUUUAAGAGCUGGGUCUGCUUCUCCUAAAAAUAAAACUUCUCCUAAUUUACAACUGCAUAAUAAUAGCCCUAAUUCUGCUAAAAAAUUAAAUCGGAUUCCUCCCCCCGAUUUAAAUAGUAUGGAUCCAAAGAACAACGUUGGUAAUAAUGCUUCUCAAUCUUCCUUGAGUGCUAAUAAUAAUUCUUCUCAAGCUUCAAUUAAUCAAUCUCCUUCGUCGUCUUCUUCUAAUCUUCAGCAUCCUCAAAAUACUUACCAAACUUUGAAUCCUUCCACCCCGGAUCAGUCGACUUUACCUCCUGCUCAAAGAUUCUCUCAAGCUUAUAAAAACUAUGCUCAAAAUAAUGGUCAUCCAGUGAAAGAAUCUUCUUUGAAAGAUCUGGAUGAUCUGGAAGAUGAAGAUUAUUCUUCAAGUGAAGCGGAUACCUCUGCUGAUACCUCUUCAACAAUGAGUGUUCCAAGACAGCCCCAAUCUCAUCCUUAUGAAGCACAAUGGCGUCAAUACUAUGCUUCUAUGGCUAUGGCUCAACAGCAACAACAGCAACAAGCUCAAGCUCAAGCUCAAAGACACUCAAUGCUUCCUGGUAGCCCCUAUGGUCGUCAAAUGAUGAACCCAAUGAUGGGUGGGAUGAACCCAAUGAUGGGGAUGAACAAUAUGGGCAUGAUGAAUGGAGGUAUGAUGAAUGGAGGUAUGAUGAAUGGAAUGAAUAUUAAUAUGAUGCCACCAGCAAUGCAAUUUCAAAUGUUACAAAUGCAGCAAAUGCAAUUACAACAAAUGUUUAUGGCUCUUCAACAACAAAUGUCUCCAAAUGGAAAUGGAAUGACAAUGUCAAACUUAGAUUUGGCCCAACAACAACAACAGCAACCAACUCCUUCACAACAAGGUUCCCCAACUAAUAAAAGUUUCGUUUCUUCUUAUAAAAAUUCCGAUGAUGAAAAUAAUGGUCUUUUACAGCAAACUAGGAAGUCUAAUCUCAAAUCAAAUAGAUUUCCCUCUGUGCCCCUGUCUAUUUUACAAACUGAUUCAGAAGAUUCAAAAUUAAAAGCUAAAGUCAAUUCAGUUAGAUCUAACUCUUUGGAUUUAUCAUCUUUUGCUAAAAAUAAUGCUAAAGAUGAUGAUUUUAAUGAACAAACAAUUGUACAAAGUGAAAAAUCAAACAUUGAUCUUGAUAAAACAAUGAUUAAUAAUAAUCAAGAUUCAAUGUCUCCUGAUAAAUCUAUUGCAUUUGGUUUGGCUGAUUUAGGUUUGGAAGAUAAAGAAGGUGAAAGAAUUAUUUCUGAUUAUAGUAAAUAUUUUUUUGAUGAUGAUGAAGAUUCUCCAGUUAAGAAAAGACCUAAUGAGAGAGAACCAAGCUCUGAAUAUAGUGAUCUUUCCAAUGUCAUUGAUCAAUCUUUUAGUUCUCAAAUCAGUAAAGAUUUACCUUCUCCUCCACCGGCUCCAGCCUUUAAUCAACAUGAAGCUAUUCCAUUGCAUGAGUCGAACGAUGAAUCUGGCUUGGAAAGACAUGGUUCAACUUCUUCCACAAUGUCAUACGAUUCUUUCCAAAGUGGAUCAUCAAGUAAAUUUCACGUUGGCUCUGCAAAUGAAAGAUCGAAAAGACAAUCACAAGCAAUUGGUAAUAAUUCUGAUGAUGUGUUCGUUAAUUAUAAAAAACUGGAUGAUGUUCCUAAAAAGAAAUCAAGAUCAAGAAGAUUUAAAGAUAAAAUGACAAGAAGUAGGAAAGAUAAAAGAAAUACUAAACCAUUUGUUGAAAAAGCUCAACCACCACCACCACCACUUGUAUCUCAAUCUACAAGUAGUAGUUCUCCAAUUAUCGAUCCAUCAUUUGGAUUCAAUAAUCCAUUAAUGAAUUAUAAUACUGAAUAUGAAUCUCCUCAACAGUAUUCACCACCAAAUCAAUCAACUCAAGAUGCUUUACCUUCAAUGAAUAAUAGACAUCAAAAAACCCAAAGUAUAACAACUACAGAUUUAAAGAGAAAAUCAAUGAUGUUAAAUGGGUCUUCAUUAGGAUUUGAUUCAUUUAAUGCAGCAGGGCCUCCACCAAUCAUGAAAGCUAAUAAUAGAUUAACGAUGCCCCCAAAUAUGUUUAAUAAUUUUAAUCAAUUUGGUAAUAUGAGUAAUGCUAGUAUUAUGAAUGUUCAACCACCUCAACAACCACAAGGAUCACCAACUCAGUCAAAUAUGAAAAGCAAUGAUGCUACUAUUAGUAAAAAAAUGGAUGCUUUUAUUCAAUUGCGUAAAGUAAUUGCAUCAGGUAAUAAAAGCUUGGAAUUUAGAUUAAAAUGGAUUAAAAUGUUGAUAACUGCCACUAAUUAUAAAUUAUAUGCAUAUAUUAAUAUUAAAGGUGAACCAAUAUCAAUGGAACAAACUCAACCAAAUAAAUCAUUAUUUGUUAAAUCAUCAGUUACCCAUUUAUUGAAAAUGAUUAAGGAAUUUGAUAACAAAGCAAAUAGUAACCCUGAUGUAUAUUCAGAAGUUUGUUUUAUUUAUGGAUGUUUAUUGAAAAACGAUUAUUUAUCUUCAUUUAAUCAAGAUUUUGGAAUUCACAAAGAUAUUCCUCAAGCUAUCGAAUAUUUGGAAAAGAGUAUUGAAUUGAACCCAAGUAAUAGCAAAGCUCAUCAUAGAUUAGGUGAAAUCUUUGAAUAUGAAUUUGACGAUAAAUUUAGUGAAGCUUUAGGUAAUUAUAAAGAAUCUGCAAGAUUAGGAUAUAAUAGAGCUAUUUAUAAGAUUGCCAUGUUAUAUUUAACUGAACAAAGUGUUAGAUCCAAUAAAUUUUUCAAUUAUUUAUACGAUUUAUCAAAUAUUGAUUUGAAUUCAAAAGACAUUGAAUUAAGUGAUGAUGAUUUUGAAGAAUUAGAAGAAGUUGUUGGUUUAGCAACUCAUGAAUUAGGUAAAAUCUAUGAAGGUAUUUAUCCAGGAGACUUGACCCCUGAUGAACCAUUUGUUCAAAGAGCUUUAGAAAAAGCUCCGGUUAAUUAUGCCAAAAGUUUAACUUAUUAUAAUAAAGCUGCUAAAAUGAAUUGCUUAUUAUCUCAAGUUAAAUUAGGUUCUGUUUAUGAAUAUGGUGAAUUAAACAGACAAAGAAAUGCAAAUAAAUCAAUCCAAUGGUAUAUUAAAGCAUCAACCUCUCCUUUACCUUUUAAAAGACACCCAGACGCAAUGUUAGGUUUAUGCAGAUGGUGCUUACAAGGUAGUCAAGGUAUGAGUAAACAUAUUCCUUCCCCAGCUCCUCAAAAGGCUUUUAUGUGGUGUCAAAGAGCAGUAAGAGAAUUCCAAACCCCAGAAGCUUACUUUGCAAUGGGUGAAUUAACCGAACAAGGUUUAGGCCAUGGUGACCCAAAAACUUACUAUACUAAAGCUUAUAAGCUUGGACAUGCAGAUGCUGCUGCAAAACUCAAUCUUUAACUCAAAUUUUAAUUGCAAAAAGUAUAUCAAUACAUUAUUUUUCCUUUUUUUUUUCAUUCAAUUCUUCUAAUACUUUUAAUGACUAUGAACCAUUUAUUCCCAUUACGUAUAGUUUCCUAUAUAUAUAAAAC